AUGUCGCAGCAAAAUGAUGACCUAGCCUACGGCGGCUAUUAUGAAUCGUCGCGAGGAUCUGGCGACAACUCGAGGGGACUUGGUGGCACCUUUAAGAAGCUUCGCGACAAUUACAAGACUCACUCAAGCUCGUCGCAACCCUCGGGUCAGCCCGGCCAGUCCGGCCAGCCCUAUAAUCAGCCCUACAACCAAUCCUCCAACCCACCUUCCAACCAGCAAGGCCCUCCAGGUCAAAAUUACCAAGGCCAGAAUCAGUCCUCUCAGUAUGGGUACAGCAGCCAGAGCCCCAAUCCUCAGUAUCAACAGCAGCCUCACCAAGGACAAGGUCGCAAGGAAGAUAAACUUUCCGGCUUCCUGAACAAGAUCCAGGGUACUGUGACCGAAUAUGGUUCUGAGUGGGCCACGAAAAUCGGCACUACCAUCGAUCCACAGGCAUAUGCGCAGUAUGGCCACAACAAACCCACCACAGAGCAUCGAUUCGACAGUUUUGCGCCCCCUCGGGAACACAACGACGCGAAAUGGUAUGUCGAUGGUUGCAGCUACUUUUAUGCCGUAUCCAAGGCCCUAGAGAAUGCACGGGAAUCUAUUUGGAUCUUGGAUUGGUGGCUCUCCCCUGAACUAUAUCUGAGACGACCACCCUCCAAGAACGAGAACUACCGUUUAGAUCGCAUGCUUCAAGCGGCAGCCCAGCGCGGCGUCCGCGUUAACAUCAUUGUUUACAAGGAGGUUACUCAAGCAUUGACUCUGUCUUCUUCUCAUACUAAGCAAGCCUUGGAGGCUUUGCAUCCCAAUAUCGCCGUUUUUCGACACCCCGAUCAUCUUCCUAAUGGACAUGAAGUGGCAUCUGAGAUCGAGAGCGCUUUCCAGCAUUUGUCGCUAAACUCCAGCACCCUGGCCAGAAUGAACAAAGACAACCUCAAGGGCGUUUAUGGCGCAACAGACGAGAUGAUCCUCUACUGGGCUCACCAUGAAAAGCUCUGUCUGAUUGAUGGCCGGAUUGCCUUUAUGGGUGGUCUGGACCUUUGCUUCGGUCGUUGGGAUACCCACCAACAUGCUAUUGCUGAUGUGCACCCCGAGGACUUAAAUGAGACUGUCUUCCCAGGUCAAGAUUAUAACAACUCUCGGGUUCUCGAUUUCCACAACGUUGCUCAAUGGGAGAGCAACCAAUUAGACCGAAGAGUCUCAUCUCGCAUGGGAUGGUCAGAUAUCUCUCUCAGUCUCCACGGUCCUGUCGUGGAAGAUCUUCGCAGACACUUUGUCGAGCGAUGGAACUUCAUCUACGAUGCGAAGUAUCAGACCAAGAACAACUCGCGAUACGCAAGACUGGCAUUGUAUGGUCGACCAAACUCUUCCACGGGCCCGCAGGGUGGCCCACAACAGCAAAACCUGUAUCCAUCUGGACAAUCUAGCCCUCAGACCCAACAGCCUGGCCAACAGAAUACAUCUUCCCAGGCUGGAGGUGCAGCCUCUACUCAAAGCCAGCAGCCUUCAUGGCAGACCGGUCCAACUCACUCAUCUACUGGCCUGUCUUCUGUCAGCCCGCAGCAGUCCCAGACCUACCCCCCUCCCCCCGGUCAGGCUUCAACCCAAAGUCAACAGAGUAGCACACCCUCUUGGCAAACUGGGGCUGCUGUAUCCUCUGCAGCUGUAGGCCAGGCUUCUACCGGUACACAGCCUCAAUACCACCACCAGCAGCCCCAACAGGCGCAGACUCCAUCUCAUCAGAGCUAUCAGCCAACUGAUUACCCACCACCACCUGGCCAAAGCACAGACCAAAGCCAAUACCAACAAAGCUCCGCACCAUCUUGGCAGUCUGGAAAGACAGAUUAUUCUUCUCAGCCAGUCUCUCGCCCUCAAUCCAACUCGCAAGACCCUCCUCCCGCAUACACUAGCGGGGUUCCGGAGCAGGCUCAUGGAGUACACCAGUAUUCUUACACUGGAGACUCAUUCCCCCCUCCCCCUCCUGGAGCUCCACCCACCCAGUCGCCCGGUAACACUCCUCACCCUGCUCAACAGCAGGCGCAAGGACACGGAUCUUACUACCCGCCACCGGGAGGCAAUGUGUCCGAGUUACCAGCCCAGAACUCUGAAAACUAUUCCCCUCAAAGUCAAUCCCAGGGUCACAGCCAGGCGCCCUACUACCCACAAUCUUCAACGCAGUCUCCGAGCUACCAGAGCCAGCCACAAGACCAACACUCUUACUACCCCCCUCCUCCGUCCCAGGAGACCCAUUCCGCUACCCGUGGAAUUGGCGGCGGUCACCAAUACGAAGGGGAGCGUGGAUUUGUGCCCAAGCGAUUCGAAGACAAGUUCAGUCAAUACGUCAAUCCACUUCGUGGACAGCUUGCUGGACAGAUUCAUCAGUACCAGGACCGCCUUUCCACCUAUGGCCAACCUCAAACCCAAACCCAAGGCCACAUGUCGUGCCAAAUUGUGCGCAGUUGUGCCAAGUGGAGCAAUGGUAGUCCCGUGGAACACUCUAUUGCAAAUGCUUACGCUGCUGUUAUUAAGAACAGUCUGCAUUUUGUCUACAUCGAAAAUCAGUUUUUCAUCACAGCAACUGGGGAUCAUCAAGGUCCAGUGAAGAACACCAUCGGAGCCGCAAUUGUGGAGCGUAUUCUUCGCGCCGCCCGCGCCGGUGAGAAAUUCAAGAUCAUUGUAGUCAUUCCAUCUGUACCUUGCUUCGCAGGCGAUCUCCACGAUGAUGAAACUCUCGGCACUCGAGCUAUCAUGGAAUUCCAGUACAACUCCAUCAACCGUGGUGGCAACAGUAUUAUGGAAUUGAUCGCUAAGGAGGGUUACAACCCAAUGGAGUACAUCCGAUUCUACAACCUUCGAAACUACGAUCGAAUCAACAAUGGAAACAUUAUGGCCACAGCUGAGCAACAAAGUGGUGUCAACUACGGUGCUGCUAGUCAUCAGUAUGAGCAGCAGGCUGCCGCGCCCGUCAAUCCUGGCCAGCCGGCUACUACACGAAGCGCUUUCGACCCCACUGCUCCAUUUGAGCAAUACCAACACGCUGCACAGAAGGCGCCCGCGGAUCAGACAGCUGGUGCUCGACGCUGGGAUAGUGUUAGUUCAUGCUACAUGCUGGGCGGUGAGGAUAUCCGCAACGUGCCAUGGAAUGGUCACCCAGAAGCAGAGAUUGAUGCAUUCGUGAGCGAAGAACUUUAUGUUCACUCCAAGGUUAUGGUUGCCGACGACCGCAUUGUUAUUUGCGGAUCAGCCAACUUGAACGACCGCUCCCAAUUGGGAGAUCAUGACUCUGAGAUUGCGGUUAUUAUUGAGGACUUUACUCCAGUUCAGUCCACUAUGAACGGCAAGCCCUGGACUGCCAGUCGCUUUGCCUCGUCUCUUCGCCGAGAGCUGAUGCGCAAGCAUCUCGGUCUGUUGCCACCACAAGAUUACCAGCGCCCAGAUGCAAGCUUCGAGCCCGUUGGCGUCCCCAUUCAGUUCGACUUUGACUGCCCUGAGAGUAAGAUUGUUGCGGAUCCCCUCUCAGACGCGAUGCAGAGCUUGUGGAAUUCUCGUGCCCGGAACAACACCGAGGUCUUCCGCAAGGUAUUCCAUGCUGUGCCCGAUGACAAUAUUCGUAACUGGGCCACAUACAAGGAGUUCUACGAGUAUUACUUCCAUGAUGCUGAUAGGGAGGCCGAGGGCAGAGAAGGAUUUGGCAGACCUGCCCGAUACCAGUGGGGCCAUGUUGUGCGGGAUGAUUUCCCCCCUGGUCCGGAUGGAGUGAAGCAGGUCAAGGAGCUACUGAGCUCGGUUAAGGGAACUUUGGUGGAGAUGCCUUUGAUGUUCCUUGGUGAGGAGGAUAUUGCAAAGACUGGAUUGACUCUGAACGAGUUGACCGAGCCGAUUUACACUUGA